AUGGUCAAGCUUGGCAAGAAAUCUAAGCGUACGCCGGUGAGGCUGCGACAUAAAAUUGAAAAGGCCAGUGCAGCGAAGCAGAGGAAGUUGAGAAAACUGGCCAAAAAGAACCCUGAAUGGCGAUCAAAACUAAAGAAGGAUCCGGGUAUACCUAAUUUGUUCCCCUAUAAAGAAAAGAUUCUCCACGAAAUCGAAGAGAAAAAACGGUUGAAAGAAGAGGAAAAUCGACGGAUACGGGAGGAAGCUAGAAAAGCUCGCCAAAGCGUCGCGGAAAACUUACCGGAUACGCAAUUAGAGGACGAAGAAAUUUUGGGCCGGGAUGUGGACCAGGACGAUGAGUUGGUAGAUGGCGAUAUGGACCAGGAUGGUGACGAUUCGAAUCCUAUGGCUGCAUUGCUUGCUUCGGCUCGCGCGAGAGCGGUGGAAUUUGACGGCCAUGACGAUGGGACGGAUGACGAAAUGGAUGAGGAUGACGGGGAUCAUGAAAGCGACAAGGAUGAUGAUGGCGGUGUUCUCUUCGAUGACUCAAUGGAUAUAACCUCCGAGGAGCCAGCGCCGAAGGAGACUUCGAGACGGGCGUUUGACAAAGUAUUUAAGCAAGUUGUAGCUACCGCGGACGUCAUACUCUACGUUCUUGAUGCUCGAGACCCGGAAGGAACAAGAUCAAAGGAGGUUGAAAGAGAGGUUACUGCCGCAGAUGGCGGAUCUAAGAGACUUAUCCUGAUUCUGAACAAGAUCGAUCUUGUUCCACCACCCGUUUUGAAAGGCUGGAUGCUCUACCUUCGAAGAUAUUUCCCUACCCUACCAUUGAGGGCAUCGACGGGUGCUCCAAAUGCCCACAGUUUCGAUCACAAGCAAUUGACCGUUAAAAGCACAUCGGAAACUCUGCUCAAAGCUUUGAAGUCUUAUGCCCACAGCAAGCAAUUGAAACGGUCGAUAUCUGUCGGUAUCAUUGGGUAUCCUAACGUUGGCAAAUCAUCGGUUAUAAACGCACUCACUGCGCGGCUGAACAAGGGCUCCUCAUCGGCAUGCCCAGUGGGUGCUGAAGCCGGAGUUACUACUGGCAUUAGAGAGGUGAAGCUUGACAGCAAGCUUAGACUCAUCGAUUCUCCGGGAAUAGUAUUUCCAAACGCGGAGAAAGGAAGGACGAAAUCGGCCAAGAAGAUCAAUGAGGAAGCUCGUCUCGUUCUCCUCAACGCCAUCCCUCCCAAACAAAUCUCAGAUCCUAUCCCCGCUGUCACUCUCCUUUUGAAUCGACUUUCCUCCACGCCUGCCCUCUUCUCCAAAAUGCUCGAUGUCUACGGCAUCCCUCCUCUUUUCCCCACCGAUGGAGACAAGACCAAAGAUUUUCUAAUCCAGGUUGCUCGAAAGCGGGGUCGACUUGGUAAAGGCGGUGUUCCUAACAUCAGCAGCGCGGCAAUGACAGUGAUUAACGACUGGCGGGAUGGUCGUAUCCAGGGAUGGCUUGAAGCCCCCGUUAUUCCAGGAGCUACUUCCUUGCCCACUGCAAGCGGCCCCGGCAACGUGGCCGCGGUGAGCGGUACAGAUACCAAGCAGAUUGUUAAAGAAUGGGCGGAGGAGUUCAAACUGGAGGGUCUAUGGGGUGACGGUGCUCAGCAGGAUGAUGAGAUGGUUAUGGAAUAA